ACCGACAGGGUAAUGCUCAAAACAUCCCUCCGCUGUAAAGGACUGUUUGUAUUGCAUGCCGGCCUAAUGUAAAUAUAUUGCAUGCUACUCUCUCCCUGUUGCUCUGGAGUUGCUAUUAUGACAAGAAACAAAUUCCACACUUUCACAAAGGAGAAAGGAGUGAAAGAGUAAAAGUGACCCAAGAGAACUAAGGAGGAAAUCCUGGGGAGUGUGGAGCCUAUGGGAGGUGCAGGUAGCACCAUGCUGUCCUAACAGCUGUUUCUGCUUCUCUACCACUGACAGCUUGUGGCUGUGCAGCAGGUGCAACCUUUUAUUUAAUCUUUUCUCUGUUAAAGGGUAGACAAGACAGAGGCUGGCCCUGGUUUUUACAUGUGCAGAAGUUGAACUGCGUGAGGGGCCCACAUGAUCACCACAGCGAGGGUACCCGCUGAUAAAUCGGUCCAAAUAUCCUUUAGCCUCAAUGAUUCCACAGAGUUGAACGAUCCUGACAACUCAUUUCCAUUGGCUUUUCCAGACCUUGACCAGCAAUUACAGCCAUUGCCUCCAUGUCAUGCUUCCAUGGAAUCUGUGCAAGUCUUCAAGGACCACUGCAAAAUGGCCAAAGAAUUCUGUGACGUUAAAAAAGAAAUGGCUUUACUGGAAGAACGAAAGAAAAAGCUGAUGGCUGAGCUGGAUGAUGAUGAAAAGGAGAACCUGGAUGCUGCUCGACUGGAAAGGGAGUUCAGGGAGCUGGCUGAAGAGAAUCAGACUCUUAUUUCAUGCCACAAUCACUACAGUGAACAGCUUGAGAUACUCAGAGUACAGAAUCAAAAACGACAGGGCUCAUCUUAACCUGCUGCUCCAUCAAUUUAAAUGUUAAGCUUCAGUCUUGAUCAGCCUGAACCAUGCAUGUCCUUAAAUGCUUUUACAAUUCAGCAUAUGAUGUGAAUUGUCUUUUCACUGCUAUUCCAGUUCCAUGACACUGCAGUGAACAUGGGAACGAGCUGACAUGGUGCUUAAAAUAAGAGAUGUUUGAUAAAUGGGACUCUGUCCCACAUUCUUCUUAUCCAGCCUUUUUUUUCAAAACUACUGGCAAUAUUUUAAAAUACAGGAAACUAAUGUUUUAGCGUACGCAGUUGUCAGAUUGGGAUGAUGGUUUUUACUAGUUAAAGAGAACCAAUCAAGUAUAGUCUCAAACUUAACUAAAGCUAUCUGCUUGUUUCUAAUGGAGAGCUGGUUUAAAAAAGUAUGACAUGAAGUUAAUAAACACUGUUUCAGACAGCAAAGACAAUUACUGCAAUGAAUUUGUAGUACAAAUUCGCAUACUAAGGGGUUAUGUUAUCAAAUACAGGUUUCUUUACUUUUUAACUAAUUUUCUAUCAGGUUAAGGUUUCAAUACUGUAACCUACAGUACUAUAUUUGUAUAGUUUUAUUUAAUGGCUAGCAAGAAAAUGUUGUACAUGGGUCAGUAGAAUUUAGAUGCAUUGUGUUAGUUAUUUAGAUAUCCUUCUGAAAUCUCAGUGACUGCCUAAAUUAUUUUUGGUUUUCGUAGUGUGACAGUAAAAUCAAUUGCUGCAGUCAAAGAUGCAAAAUAAGUUUUUAAGUCUUGGCAUAUAUUUGUUAAAUAUAGUUUCAUAAUUCUUGCAACAUUGCUGUUUUGAUUGUUUUCAGUUCUACUUAAAUGUUGAAGAACCCUGUGAUGGUCAAAUGGUGCAUCUUGGUGUGUCGCUCGUGGACAUUUCUCCUUUGCAUAUCAUCCUCUGUGUACCCUCCAGUUUUCUUGAUUCUCUGACAAUGUUGUGUGAAUUAUGACUCGCCCUGUAUACAAAUCCUAAAUGAUUAAUUGUUAUGCAAAUUAGACAAAAUAGCAUUUAAUCAUUCUCAUGCGCAUUUCUCCAGUAUUAUGUAAACAUAUAUAUUUUUCAAAUGUCUAUUACCUUAGGUUAAAAUAAAUAAAAAAACAGUUUUGUUCAUGUGUUUUGACAAGUCCUUAAAUCAAACAGCAUACAGUGUAUCUACAGAAACCCAUCUCCCAUCCCCAGCACCACAAACCUGCACAGGUUUUCCAUUUUUUGGUAGGCCAUAUAAUAUAAUACAUUGGUAGACAGUAAUUGGGUAUUUUUUUAAAUAAGAUAUACUGUAUGUACAGAUACCAACAUGUUUAAUUCUCUUUGGAAAACAUAAUACUCAGAAUGAUAGAAAAUCAACACAAGCACAGUGUUCUACAAACGUGCCCAUGUACCUUAGAUUUUUAAACAGUUCUCAUUGGUAUGCUUUGAUUUAAAAUUAAAAUAAAAAGGUGAACAGUUAUCUAUUUAGAAAAAAGCUAAAUUAAGUUUACAUUAGAACAUAAGAAAGUUUACACAUGAGAGGAGGCCAUUCGGCCCAUCUUACAUUAUUAGUUUAGUCUACUGUACACAAACCUUUUUUUUGUAGAAAGCAAACUUUAUUAAGCAUUCUGUAAGGAUAUCUGUGCCAUAAUUACAAUUGAAUCGUCGGGCUAGUUCACUUAGACAAACAGUAGUGUACUGUUCUGUAGGUUAUACUGAACAUUACAUAUUCAAGCCUCAGAAUAUGCCCACCUGGGAUCAAAUCUUACUCCAUUGGAUCAAAAACAGAUGGAACCUUAAUUCAAUGACUUGUGAAGUGUAGUUUCUUUGAAUUCCCAAAUCACUCAUAUACUGUAUACUAACAAAAGCAAAUGUUCAGUCUGUUUGUACCUUACAGAAGCUCCGAUAAAACAAUAAGCUACAUGCAUAGUUUCUUGCUGACUCACUGUAUAUUUCCUUAUGAAAAAUUGCACGACAGUUUCUUGAUAUAAUAAAGAAGGUAAUGCACAAAUUGUACCAUUGUUGUGGAAGCUGGUAAUACAGUACAGAUGAGAGCACAGGUAGAUUAUAUAUAGCUGUUUGUUUGUGGUAUAUUGCUGUAAGUUCAUUAAUAAUAAGGAGGCUGUGUGGUCCAGUGGUCAAAGAAAAGGGCUUGUAACCAGGAGGUCCCCGGUUCAAAUCCCACCUCAGCCACUGACUCAUUGUGUAACCCUGAGCAAGUCACUUAACCUCACUUAACCUCCUUGUGCUCCGUCUUUCGGGUGAGACGUAGUUGUAAGUGACUCUGCAGCUGAUGCAUAGUUCACACACCCUAGUCUCUGUAAGUCACCUUGGAUAAAGGAGUCUGCUAAAUAAACUAAUAAUAAUAAGAUGG